AUGGAAGAGCAGCACUGCGGCGAUCCCACUCCAGACGUCGACGCAUUCACCCAGAACCCAGCAGAAUCAACAACCUUGUCGUCCUCCGAGCUGACCCUGCGAUUUCCCCGACCGCAAGGCAACCGUCAGCUCGCCAGCUGGAUUUCCUCCAGCGAACCCGACAUCAUGACUCCGUCAGAAGCGCCUGAAGAUACCACGCUGUCUGAAAGCACGUACGAAUUCAUCAACACAGAUGACGAAAGCCAGGAUGGCCGUGGCACCGAGGCCGAGUCUCUGAGCUCUUUCGACUACGCCCGGCCCGAUGACGUUCAUAGCCUCGCUGGUACUGAACAUACGGAAGACAUGGCUAACCAUUCCGAUACGGACUCAGAAGACUCAGAGGACGCUGCGCAGGACAGGUCUCGAGCGUCAUCUAUUCAAUACGCUGAGCAAAGCCUCCUCAACCCGUCUUCCCGCGUCGCCACGCCGCCUCUUGGUGUCGAUGGCUCCAUGGACAUCGGCCAGCAUACUCCGCUAGUCCAGUCCAUCGAAUUUGACGAGACGCAAGACCCAGUCUACUUCAAGCAGGUGUCUGUCAAACAUACCAUUCAUAGCUUUACCGAAGAGCACUCAACCUCUAUCGCCAAGACCCUCAAGUUCGAAGACCAGAGUAAGCGUCUCAUUGCAGCAGUCCGUCAGACCAUGGCGCCACAUUGCCUGGCGACGAAGGAACCUCUCCGAAUCAUGUACACGGGCAGCCACGCAGCCAGGCACGACAUCAUAUACAAGAUCUCUUCUGCCUUUACAGCAUCUGCAUCGGCGGAUGGAUGCGGCAUCAGUGAAGACGCCGGCAUCUACAAUGUCGUGCCUAUAUCAUCCCUUGGGUCUCCCAAGGUCCCCGAAGUCGAGUUGAUGAAGACCUCGCAAUACCAGAUCAAGGUCGAGAAUUGCACGUCUGCUAAGGAGGUUGUCUACCACGGCGAACGUUUCCCAGGAGAGACGGUUUAUCAAAUCAACGUGGACGGUGAUCGGACUUACCAGUCAGCUUUUGCUCCUAGCUGUUCCAUCAUUGAGCCCUCAUGGACCUUACCUCAUGUCGCCAUCUUUUACGUCACGGAGAGUGACGAUGAGGCUGUCCGAAAUACCCGCAAUGCUGCCUGGCACUUCAUGCAACGCCACACCGUUCCUUGCGUAUUCAUCUCCAACGAUGAAGUCUUCCGUCAGCCUACUGCAAUGUGGGACAACAUGGUCAACCAGCACGCCAUCCACAUCUGUGUGGAAUCAUCCGACAGAGCCAUGCCGUCUGUCAAGCUUCCCAUCGACCUGACCUCAUUUCUCAAUAUCGAUGCUCGCCAAAUGAAUCGCAAUCUUGCCUAUCUUACCGGCCUCUACGAAAAUGCAGACGGGAAUAGGGAAAGCGAGUCUAUUUUCGUCAAUCCGAGCAAGACUGUUCGUCGUCUUUGGCAUCGCGCUGUCGAGGCUACGGAAGAUAUCGACCUCUGGGUUGUGGGCCAAACAGCGAUUCUCAUCUUCAGCGUUGUCGCCACCGCACUGCUCUCCAAUUACUUCUUAGCAGGCUCAAGCACGCCGGCACUUUCGACAGUCUCGUCUACGACAGUCUCACCUAGUCCAACAGUAUCCAUGACUUCGACAGUAUUGUCGACCUCGACAUCGACGAUCAACCUUUCAACGACAACUAUCCGGGUGGCACAAAAAGCCUCAUUAACGCCUGGUAAUACGGCUGUAGCACCGUUCGCAGAGCUUGCCGACUUCCUUGCGGACAGGUUCCCCGACAAAGCCUACGUCUGCUCAGCAGAGAAGAUCAGCCGCAAUGAGAUCUUGAUCAAGAUCCCCUCCGGUACGAAGAUGUCGUGGCUCGCCAAAGACUCGAUCACCAUAGAUGUCCUCAAGGGCGAGAGGUCUGUUAAGACUAGAUUUUCUUCAACAGACGAGGGAAUUUUGAUCGAGAUCCCGAAGUCAGAAGCAUAUGGGAUUCUCACUAUUGCUGUCAACACAACCCGGAAGCCUAAGGUCAACGAAACCUUUGUGAUCGACUUCGGUAAGACUUUCCUCGAAUAUUACCUGGGAUAUGGCAAAGCUAUUGCUUCCCAUAUCCUUGAUACGGCAAGCACUGUCGCGCAUCGGGCAGAGGAACGCGCCUUCAAUCUUUCAAGCAGCUUAGACUCUGUUGUAUUGGAUGUUAGAGGGUUGUCUACCCGCCUCACCGCAAGGGUUGCGAUUGCUGCGAACGCCAUUUUCAAAGGUUCUACAGAGCUGUCUGAGAACCUGCAAAGCCUGAGAAAGCCGCAUCGGCUACAAGAAUUGAAAGACCGAGCCGACAUGGUUCUCACGAAGGCCCAGAUCCAAUCUAAGUUGCUAGCUCUGAAGGUCCUGCAAAGGACCGAGGAGCAUCAAGUCUACUUGGACAAGGCAAAGAGGCACAUGGAGAAGCUACGUUUGACAGCGUCUGAGGCUCAUAAGCAACGCUUGGAUAAGGAGAAGAAGGAGAUGCGAGCUCGUCGGAAGAGGGAGCGCCUGGCGGCUAGAUGCCAAACAGGCACUGGCUUCUCUAGAUGGACGCAGCAGUGCAGACAGCAAGGGUGA